GGCAGCUCCUCGGAGCAGGACUGGGUGUCGAUAAGCCGUCCUGGUGCUCAGUCUCCCCUCGUUGGUAUCUGCAGGAGGAUUGAGGACUGCCUGCCUCCCCUGGAGGACUCUCCGGCCAAGAGGUUCUCCCCGUCCAAGCGGAAGCAGUAUUACAUCAACAAGGCCAUCCGCAACUCGGACCUCAUCCCCAAGGCCAAGGGGCGCAAGAGCCUGCAGAGGCUGGAGAACACUCGGUAUCUCAUGACGCUUUUGGAGCGAGACGAAUGCGGGAACGAUGAGGGAGAGCUUGACCACUCCGCUGCUCCGAGCAUCUUCAGCGAGGCCUGUAACAACGAGACCUACGUGGAGCUUGGAGGGAGGUGGUGGGGUUGGGUGGGCGAAGAGGAGGCUCGUGAGGAUUCGGUCCUGCUCUACCUGGAGGAGGAGGCCAGGAAGAAGCACAAGAGGAAGCUGCCUGUGAAGAACGAAGACAAGUGGAAAGAGCACCCAGCCUACACACCCAGGGAGUGUUUCCAGCGCAUCAGCCGCCGCCUUCGCUCCACGCUGAAACGGGGCAGGAUCCCCAUGGGGACCCUGGAGUGCCUGGAGGAGGAGCUGCUGGCCUUUUUCUCCGUCACCCCUCACUCGGUCUACACAGCGCUGAUGGACAACAGCUUCGAGCGACUCCUGCUCCACGCGCUCUGCCAGUACAUGGACCUCGUCUCGGCCAGUUCGGACAUCGAAGGGAAACGCCAAAUGAAAGUGAGCAACAAGCACCGCGUCUUCCUGCGCCCCGAGCUCCUGCUCUCAGACUACCUGGAGCAGAUGAGCUGAUACCUGGCGGACGCCCUGCCCGCCGCUUGAUGCGCUGAAGGCUUCGUUCUUGGCUCCUGGUCUCUCCCAGUCGCUUGG